AUGUCAAAACAAAUUUAUUACAAUAAUAUCAAACUUUAUAUCAACUAUAGUAAAUCUAUAUUAAAUAUGUUACCUAAUUAUAUACAAGCCUCUAUAUAUUCAAACAGAGAACUUACUUUUAUUAUUGAAAAACAAUAUAAUUUAACUGUUUUAAAUUUUUUAAAAAAAUAUACUAAUGGCCAAUUUAAAACAAUGUCUGAUAUGUGUGCAGUAGAUUACCCAUAUAAAAAAUAUCGUUUUGAAAUAAUUUAUACUUUAUUAAGUUUAGUUUUUAAUUCAAGAGUAAAAAUUAAAACUUAUUUAAAUGAAUUAGAUGAUAUUGAAUCUAUUACAUCAUUAUACUCUGGUGCUAAUUGGUGGGAACGUGAAAUUUAUGAUUUUUUUGGUAUUUAUUUUAAAAAUAAUAAAGAUUUACGUCGUAUUUUAACUGAUUAUGGUUUUAAAGGUCAUCCUCUUAGAAAAGAUUUCCCAUUAUUAGGUUAUUAUGAAUUAGUAUAUGAUGAUUCUGAAAAAUGUAUUAAACGUACAGCUAUUGAAUAUUCUCCUAAAUUUAAAUCUUAUUAUAAUUAUGAUAAUUUUUAUUCAUUUUAG